AUGCCUACACAAAAGUGUUCAAAAAGAAGACAUACCGAAGACGACUCCUCUCACUGCUCUCUCGGGACGAGUGUGCUGCUCUACAAGACGCCCAUCUGGCGUCCCUUCCGAGUGAUACUUGCAAGAGGAAGCAUCGCUACCGCAGUAAAGGGACUGGUCUGCCUGCGCGGCGGUUUUGGGGCAUACCUUACUCCGUCAUGGUACAGAGGGCGGCUGCGCAGCUUGUAUCAAGACUGGUGUCAUAUUCAUGUUCCAAGCCUGGCUUCUGAGUUCCAGCGAAGAUCGGGAGCUAAUAGUACUUUCGUUGGUUGCGGCUUGUGGGUGUGUUUCAAGGCAGUAUUUGCUGUCAACCAGUCAAAAAGCCAUUACCCAGGACCUCGCCGUGGAAUGCCCGGGGCCAUGCCUGCAGCGCACUCUCAGUGGUGCCAUGGUAUGAUGCCUAAUAAGGCAUUUGAUAUGCUUGCUGGUGUUGAAGGAGACUUGACAGCUCAUUCCGCAAAGGCCGGGCCUGCUCGCAACAGUGUUUUGCUAAAAGAGGCCCGCAAAGACCGACCAGUCCGACAAACGAAGCUCCCUUCGUUUGAGGCAUACCUACGUGAACGGCUGGCCGACGGCUUCUGGUAUGCAAUGAAAGCAGCAGUCAGCUCUCCAGAUGAUGACAGGCUCUGUCUCACCCACUCAACCGGAAUUCAUGAGUAUGCCAUUGAUUCGGCAUGUGCAUUUAAUACUCUGGGCCACGCCCGGGCACUCCAAGAGGAUUCACUGUACGGUGCAUGCAGUUAUGAUCGCCAGCCAUUUGACCAGCUCCCGGAUUCGAGGUCCGAUUCUUACGACGAUAUUAUCUUUGCCGCGGGAUACUUAUCCCUGGAAUCAUACGUGUGGGGUGCCAAUGCGCACCUUGACCUGUUGCGCGGACAAGUCAAUCAAACAUCUGCUACCCCUCUGCCCGAACACUGGUAUGCUCGAGUUUGGCACGAUGCACUCUUUGGGCAGUCUACACCUGGGGAGCUAUACAAAUGGACAGCACGUACAAAAGACCACGGGAGCUUCACUGGGGAUCGAGAGUUCACCGAAUGUUAG